UUCUCUUCACUAUCUUCACCAGCUCAAGCUUCUUCAGUAGCAAUCACACCAAAUCCUUCCAUUUCCUACUCGAGUUCAUUUCUCUUUGCUUCUUACAAACAUGGGUGUUGUCACUUACUCUCAAGAGUUCACAUCUGUAGUCGCUCCAUCGAGGAUGUUCAAGGCUUUGGUCCUUGACUCACACAACAUCCUUCCCAAGAUUGUCCCCGGGGGCAUUAAGAGCGUUGAGUUCAUUGAGGGAGAUGGCGGAGUUGGUAGCAUCAAGCAAACUAACUUUGGCGAAAGUGCUCACAUCAAGUACACGAGGCACAUGAUUGACGCUAUUGAUGUUGAGAACUUUUAUUGCAAAUAUACUUUGAUUGAAAGUGAUAUUAAGUUCGACAAAAUUGACUUCAUUGUCUAUGAGGUGAAGUUCACAUCAGCUGAUGGUGGAUGCAUCUGCAAAAUGACGAGCAACUAUCAUGUUAUGGAAGGUGCAGAGCUCAAGGAAGAUGACAUCAAGCAGGGCAAAGAUAGGGCAACGGGAUUGUUCCAGACAGUUGAAGAGUACCUCCUGGCAAAUCCCGCUGUUUGUGCUUAAAUUAUCUUUUCAAGAUCCUUCGGGGUGAUAAUUAAUGGAAGUCGAGUGAAUUUUUUUUUUCCAAUGUUCUUUUUGGCUCUAGUUUAGAGCUUUUGCGUGAGGAAUGGUUUUUCAAUUGUCCUUCUAUGUCCUAAAGGAUUUGUUUGUUGUGUGUGAGAUGAUGUCAGAAUAAAACUUGAAAGAGCGCUGAACAAUUCAAUAA